AAACCAAAUGCCCAACAACCAGACACACUCACCGGUAAGGUGGUUGAGGGAUCCGCCUCCUUUCGAUGAUUUCGAGAAACCCAAAUUCUCAAUAAGCAUCCCCACCUCUCCUCCUUCUCUUCCGACUGAUACAAACGCAUUCUAAUUACUCCAAUUGCAUUCCCUCUUCAAUCACAUCAACAAUGGCUCAUCUUCUCCACACCACAUUCCUCCCUUCCACCUCCUCCCUCCGUCGCACCUCUUCUUCGGCGUCGCCGAUCCACAUUUCCGCUAGACGGAGAGCUUCAAUCGAGGCGAAGAUCAGAGAGAUCACUAUGCCGGUCUUGAGCUCUACCAUGACGGAGGGCGAAAUUGUGUCCUGGAUUAAAUACGAGGGCGACAAGGUCACAAAGGGCGAAGGUGUAGUUGUAGUCAAGUCUGAUAAGGCCGACAUGGACGUCGAGACCUUCCACGACGGCUUCCUUGCGGCUAUCAUGGUUCAGGACGGCGGUUUUGCUCCAGUCGGUUCGGUAAUCGGUCUACUUGCGGAGACCGAGGACGAGAUUGCCGAGGCUCGGUCCAGGGCCUCCAUAUCAUCAUCGUCUGCGGCGGCUGCAACAGCUCCUCCUACUACUACUGCUCCGUCCCAGCAACCUGAGAUAAUUGCGGAGCCUGUAGGUCCUGCAGUUGUGGCUACCAGGGAGACAGUGGUUGCGUCGUCUGUACACCCGGCCUCUGAGGGGGGAAACAGAAUUGUGGCGUCCCCUUAUGCGAAGACAUUGGCUAAAGAACUGAAGGUGGAGCUAGCGGGAGUGGUGGGGAGUGGUCCAUUGGGGAGGAUUGUAGCAAAAGAUGUUGAGGCAGCGGCUGCAGCUGCUACAGUUUCUGCUGUGCCACCUCUGGCAGCUGCAGUGUCGCCGAAGUCUGCAACCGCAGCGCCAGGGAUCCAAUUGGGGUCGGUGGUGCCCUUUACAACAAUGCAGUCUGCUGUUAGUAGGAAUAUGUUGGAGAGUUUGGCGGUGCCCACUUUCAGAGUUGGGUACACUAUCACCACGGAUGCGCUAGAUGCGCUUUACAAGAAGAUUAAAUCGAAGGGAGUCACCAUGACAGCAUUGCUUGCCAAGGCCACUGCCCUUGCGCUUGUUAAACAUCCUGUUGUUAAUUCUAGCUGUAGAGAUGGUAAGAGCUUUACGUACAACAGUAGCAUCAACAUUGCUGUUGCUGUGGCUAUGGACGGUGGGUUGAUUACACCUGUGCUUCAGGAUGCUGAUAAGGUAGACAUCUACUCUCUGUCAAGAAAGUGGAAAGAGUUAGUUGAUAAAGCUCGGGCCAAGCAGUUGCAACCUCAGGAAUACACUACAGGUACUUUCACUCUUUCAAACCUUGGGAUGUUUGGUGUGGAUCGGUUUGAUGCCAUUCUGCCACCUGGAACUGGAGCCAUCAUGGCUGUGGGAGCUUCCCAGCCUUCUGUAGUUGCCACCAAGGAUGGUCGGAUUGGGAUGAAGAACCAGAUGCAGGUAAAUGUCACAGCAGAUCAUCGAGUAAUCUACGGUGCUGAUCUGGCUUCAUUCUUGCAAACACUGGCAAAGAUUAUUGAAGACCCGAAGGAUCUUACUUUUUAGUCUGAUUUCCAUGUUGCCGAAUUGCUCCCUUCUGGAGUUGGAGUUGCCAGUGUUAGUUUAUAUUUCUCCUUGUGCACACUUUCCUGAUCAACUUCUGCAUCACAAUCGAUUAGUAAGUUCCAAGAGCGAGGAGCAGAAUUCUGAAUACAAAUGCUUUUUCUUGGAUUCCUUUUUCUUUGGUUACUUCUCAAGUUUCCAUGCAUUCUGACUCUUCCCUGCUGUGCUGUUAACUUAAAUUUUGGCCGUCUGUUACCGGCUUAUCAAACCAUUUUUCUUCAUUAGCUAUGAGAGCGUAAUUGUUACAUUUUGAUGUUUUGGGUGUAGCUUUGAAUUGAGUACCUUGUUUAUUUUGAUUGAGAAAUAGCCAUUCUGUUUCACAA